AUGUCGAAAUACACCGUUCAGCCCACUGGAAUCUAUGCCGCCAUCAACAGGCUCUUCGCGCUCGACCCCAAGCGGUCCACGGGUAUCCCCAUGAACCCGCAAUUCCGCAACCCACCCCCAGGCGGUCUCGACCCCAACGCGUACGACGACCCUGUUACUGUUCCUGCUGCCGACAUCGCCGAGAACCCAUACUGGAAGCGCGACGUGCGACGACGAUACCCCAGGCUCUCGACUGUCACGCAGUCUGACGCAGUUGCGCUGCUGGAAGUUGGAAGCGCGGCAGCACCCAAGCAGGAGCUGAUUGGCGAGGCAGGCACAAAAUCGCUGGUAGCUGCGCAAGAGGAAGGUGCCAAGGGACUGGCCGUUGCAUUUGAGAAGAACACCGGACUCGCAAAGGAUGUACUAGGUCCUGGUGGCAUGCCUCCACUACCAAGCGGGCUGCACGUCCACGGUGUUGCUGGACAGAAGCGAUACGAGCUGGAGAGCGAGCAGUCGUACGGCACAGCAUACCCAUGCCGGACGUUCGCUUAA